CAUGAAGAUGACCAAAUUCAUUGCCUAAAGGAGGGUCAAAAUUGUCAUGCAGGUCUAGAUCGCCUAACGUUCAUCCAGCAAGCUGUAUUUGCUUAUCGGGCGACUAACCCAUUUGCCCAAGGUUACGACCGGGAGUUGCGAUGUCAGACAUCGAAGAGGCAACACGAGAAUAUUCACUUAUUGACUUGAGUGAUAAUAAGAUGGAAAUUGAAACUGAA